UCACACAGUUGGCAGUCAAACUUUCAGUAGCAGAGUAAGGACAAGAGAAAACGGAUCAGGAGCAGCACUUUAGAGUUUUUUCACAAGCCUACUAAAGGGAUUUCCUCAUCUCAAAUUCAGAUUCCCCCGUAGUAGAGUUUGUGUGAAUCUUUUUGCUGGUUUCUUUGCUUUUUGGGGGGAACGAUGAUGUUCACUGGUUUCAACGCGGAGUGCGAUUCUUCCUCCCGCUGCAGCACCGCUUCCCCGUCCGGGGACAAUCUGGGAUACUAUCCGUCACCGGCGGGAUCUUACUCAAGCAUGGGAUCUCCUCAGUCUCAGGAUUUCACUGACCUGACAGCAUCAAGUGCCUCCUUCAUCCCCACUGUCACAGCCAUUUCGACAAGCCCAGAUCUGCAGUGGAUGGUCCAGCCUUUGAUCUCCUCGGUGGCCCCUUCUCACAGAGCUCACCCCUACAGCUCCAACCCCAGCCCUGCCUACUCCAGACCAGCCAUGAGGUCUGCAUCAUCCAAGGCUCACAACUCUACCAAGAGGGGCAGAAUGGAACAGAUGACACCUGAGGAGGAAGAGAAGAGAAGAAUUCGCAGAGAGAGAAAUAAGCAGGCAGCAGCAAAAUGCCGCAACAGGAGGCGGGAGCUUACAGACACUCUGCAAGCUGAAACUGAUCAGCUGGAGGAUGAGAAGUCCAGCCUGCAGAAUGACAUUGCCAAUCUUCUGAAGGAGAAGGAGAGGCUUGAGUUCAUUUUGGCUGCCCACCAGCCCAUCUGCAAAAUCCCCUCAGAGCUGGACACAGACUUCCCCGUGAUCUCUUCUGCCACAUCCUGCCUCUCCACUGAGGUGUCUUCCCAGCCCCAGACCACCAUAACUGAAGCAUCCAGCAUCACUUCCAGCCGGCCAACCUUCACCUCAAGCUCUAACUCAAUCUUCUCCAGCAGCAGCUCCGUCCUCUCCACCGCCACCGUCUCCAGCAGCACGGUCAAGAUGACAGACCUCGACGCCUCCGUCCUGGAGGAGUCUCUGGAUCUCCUGGCGAAGACAGAGAUGGAGACAGCGCGGUCAGUGCCAGAGGUUGACCUGUCUAACUCUCUCUACACAACUCAGGACUGGGAGCCCCUUCACGCCUCAGCCAACAACAAUGACUUUGAGCCCCUGUGCACACCUGUGGUGACCUGCACCCCUGCCUGCACCACCUACACGUCUUCAUUUGUGUUUACCUUCCCAGAGGCAGAGACCUUCCCCACUUGUGGCAUCGCCCACAGGAGAGGAAGCAGCAGCAACGACCAGUCCUCUGACUCCCUCAGCUCACCAACCCUGCUGGCCCUUUAAAGACUCUUCCAAAAACAAUAAUACUUCCUAUCAAGCACAUUUUCUUGAUGUAUGAGAUAGAUGUGCAGACCACAGGGCUAUGGAAUGGACUUGUACCAGGAAGCAAAUUAUUUAUAGUUUGAUUUGCCUUUAUCUAUACUUGCCUAUUACACCAAUGUAGCAAGUUAAAAAGCAUGUUUUAACUAAUACCACCUAGUUGUUUUAUGACUUAAUAUAUGAUUUUAUGGUGCUAGAUUACGAAACUUGUUGUAGUAUUGAUGUGUGUUCAGAGCAAUAGUUAUUAUUGAUCCAAUUUGUUUUCUGGUUGAUGGAAUGUGAGAGUAAUUGUGAACUGUCUGUGGACCUUUUAAAACUGACGUGCUUUGUCUUAACCAUGGUCUGAGUGGUCUAUCUUAGUAUGAAGUUUUCUGUGAAAACAUUAGUGGUUUUAAUUUAUGAAAUUUCAAUUUAUUUUUUUACUGAGAGAAAAGAUGAACGUUGUUUGUAAGAGAUGUAAAUAAAAUAUAGUGAUAUUUAAAUUCA